UUUUUUAAUUUUUCAUCACACAUUGUUUAUUGUUUGAAUGAUAGAAAUACACUAAUUGGCCUGAUUGAAAGCGAAAGCCAAAAACAUUAGGAUGAAUUAAUAUUGAAGUGGAUAGUUAGCGAGCCCAAUAAAACAAAGAGGAAAGGAAUCAUCACUUGUUAGUUCGACAUGUCUGUGAGGAAAACAACAAUUUCAAAUUGUGAAAAAAAAUUUCUACUAAAAAAUCUAUCAGAAGGGAAUAGGCUAGAUGGCAGAACCUUCAAUGAAUUCAGAAAAGUUAACCUAGAAUUUGGCAAGGAUUGGGGGUGCUGUUAUGUUUCUUUAGGGAAAACUAAAGUUUUAGCUCAAGUUUCUUGUGAAAUUCAACAGCCAAAGUCAUCUAGACCUAGUGAAGGCAUUCUAAUCAUAAACAUUGAACUUAACCCACUAGCUGAUCCAAAUUUUGAAGCUGGUAGAUCUUCGGAUUUGUCUGUUCAGUUGAACCGUCUCUUGGAAAAAUGUUUGAAAGAUUCCAAAGCCGUAGACUUGGAGUCACUGUGCAUCAAAAUGAAUGAAAAGGUUUGGGUCAUUCGGGUGGAUAUAAAUGUUCUGAAUCAUGAAGGAAACAUUCUCGACUGUGCUUCAAUAGCAGCACUUGCAGCAUUAACACAUUUUCGUAGGCCUGAUGUUACCUGUGAUGGGGAAGAAUUCACAAUUCAUAGUCUCAAGCAACGAGAUCCUAUACCUACUGUCAUUCACCACUAUCCUGUUUGUGUUACAUAUUCUAUAUUCAGUGGAGGAGAGUUUAUAUUGGCUGAUCCAACUUUGCUGGAAGAGGGAGUGUCUGAUGGGUUUUUGUCAAUUGGGCUGAAUGCUUACAAAGAAUUAUGUGGACUCCAUUUGAUUGGCAAAGCGGCUUUGAAUCUUGAUGUUAUUAUGAGUACAGCAGAAAAAGCUGCUGGUAGGGCAUCUAAUAUUGUACAGCAAAUCAAGGAGUCUGUUCAAGCAGACAAUGAAAAAAGGUUAGAAAAAAAAGAUACAGGCUUCCAUAAAACUGUCUUGGAAGAAAUUGAAAAACCUUUGGAGGAUUUGAGUCUAUGCCUAAACCAGUGGAUCUCAAAUAAAGGAAAGAAGAAAAAAAAGAAAAAUAAAGAUAAACGUAAAGAAAAAGAAUACAUUGAAGAAACUAAGGACUCUAUUGCUGAAAUUGAAGUUUUAGGGAGUGGUACGGCAGCUUUAGUUCCUAAUGACUCAGAAAGCAAUUCGAAAUGGGAAGCAUGCCAAAGUGAAGAUGAGGAUGAAGUUAUGGUGGUGGAAAUUCCAUCUCCUGUUGUUGAAACUGUGGAUAUUGCAAAUACAGACAGCGAAGAGGAAGCUGUUGUGAUUUUAAAUGCUGAUUCAAAAACUAAGAAGAAAAAGAAGAAGCUGAAAAAUAAAACAUCUCCAAAAUAAAUUUCAGUUGUAUCAUUGCAAUUUUUUAUUUUAUGAAAAAAUCAAACAUGAAAAAUGUAAAAUAUGUAUUCUAAUAAAAGAAUAAAGUAGGCAAAGAAA